UCGCCUACCGAGCAUUCGAUCACGCCCAUGUCUUUAUUGGGCCUUGCUGGCUACGAUACCGACGGAAGCGACGGAGAUGAAGGUACCAACAACAACCAGCGCCGAUCCCCCGAAGGCGAAAACAGCUCGGGGGCCCAAGUGGCAGCGGCAGGAGCCAGCGGCAUCAGCAAUGCCAACAACGCGCUGGAGGAGAACUCGGACAGCCGACUAGGAGAGUUGGUGGACGAGGAGGAAGGGACCAAUCGAGAACUUCGGGCUGGGAUUUUGAGAGCGUCGUCCUUCGAUGCUCCGGCUCCGCCGUCGAAAGAGUCGAGGCAGUUCUUCAUGCCCCUGCCCUCUCCUCUAGUCAAGCUAGACAACGCAUCUCCCAGCGCGAGCUCCCCCUUCACAACCUACGAACCACCAGACGGCGCGACGGGAGGAGCUGGGGAAGAGGGGGGGGGUGAAGAUGUAGCAGACGACGGAGCGAAAGACGAGGGGGACGGCGAUAUCAUCAAGCCCGAAUACCGAGAUAUGCUGCCUCCCGAGGCAACAGGUCAGGCCAACCCCGAGCUCAGGGCCAAGCUUCAGAAGUUCUUGAACCGGAUGCAGGGGGACUUCACCAAGGUGAUCAAGGGCAAGAAGGACUACGGGAACCCGGCCGUUCUUGCGCAGAUCUGCCGCUACUGUUCUGUCGACGAUAAGGGGACCAACUACCCCGCAGACCGCAUGGUGCACCCGUCCGUGUACGACACCAAGGACUUCCAUGAUGCGCUCAUGAUGCAAGAGCAGCGGAGAGCGAAACGCCCCAAGCCCGACGAAGCAAAGGCUAACACCCCUCAUCUAAACAAGGUGGCACAAGGUGCGACGGUGGCGGCAGCGGCAGCGGCGGCACCACCGCUGCGACCAGCGGCUGCAACGGGGGCCCGAGGCUCGGUUGAUGCGGCUGUUCCUGCCGCCUCGGGUAGCACUCGAAAGCGGGGGAGCAAGUGGGGGGUGGCCGGUAGCAGCUUGCCGUUCGCCGGGCAGCAGAUGCAAAUGCAAGCAGCAGCGCCAGUGCCAACGCCCCAUAUGCAAGGUUCGGCAGCAGCUUCAACUCUUCCUCUGGCAGGGUCGGGGAUGGCACGAACGGGAUCGGUGGGGGCCGGUACGACGGCGCCAGUGUCAAAGGGGAGGGUCGGAUUUUCGGCGGACCCGGGGGCGACCGCCGCGCGAGCUGGGCAGGCCGCCUUGCUCCUCAACGCGCAGGUGCAGGCUGCGCAGGCGGAGAAGGAGGCGCAACAUCGUGCGGAGGCGAUCGCGAGGGUUCAAGUGAGUCAGAGGUUGGAUACUUGCCGCGCGAGUGAGUGA